GUAGUCCCCGGAGCCGGAAGUGGGGGUGGCCGGGAUAGAAGCCGCAGCCCAGGCGGCAGUCGCUGCCGCUGCCGCCGCCCGGGUGUAGCGCAUCACCCGGAGCCCACUGGCCGCAGGUGCGUCCUCCGGCCCCAGGGGGCCCCGGGAGCCCUGAAGGGCGAAGCGGCAGGGACGCCUCUCUUGGGGAAGAGGCGGCCUCGCCGCCCCGGAUGCGGCCGGAGGGCGCGGGAAUGGAGCUCGGAGGCGGCGAGGAGCGCCUGCCUGAGGAGAGCAGGAGGGAGCACUGGCAGUUGCUGGGUAAUUUGAAGACGACAGUGGAGGGUUUGGUAUCAACCAACAGCCCCAACGUCUGGUCUAAGUAUGGUGGCUUGGAGCGGCUUUGCAGGGACAUGCAGAGCAUCCUCUAUCAUGGGCUUAUCCGUGACCAGGCGUGCCGCCGCCAGACUGAUUACUGGCAGUUCGUGAAAGACAUCCGGUGGCUCAGUCCCCACUCAGCCCUUCACGUGGAGAAGUUCAUCAGCUUGCACGAGAACGGCCAGAGCAGUGCUGAUGGUGUGAGUGAACAUGCUGUUGCCGAGUUGUGGCUGCAGCACAGCCUGCAGUACCACUGCCUCUCAGCCCAGCUCCGGCCCCUGCUCGGGGAUAGACAGUAUAUCAGAAAAUUCUACACAGAUGCUGCCUUCCUGCUAAGUGACGCUCACGUCACGGCCAUGCUGCAGUGCCUGGAAGCAGUGGAACAGAACAACCCCCGCCUCCUGGCUCAGAUCGACGCGUCCAUGUUUGCCAGAAAACACGAGAGCCCACUCCUGGUGACAAAGAGCCAGAGCCUGACAGCCCUGCCCAGUUCCACAUACACCCCUCCAACCAGCUAUGCUCAGCAUUCCUACUUUGGGUCCUUCUCUAGCCUCCACCAAUCCGUGCCCAACAAUGGCUCAGAGAGAAGAUCUACUUCCUUUUCACUCUCUGGCCCUCCCCGGAAACCACAAGAAAGCAGAGGGCACGUCUCACCAGCAGAGGAUCAAACCAUCCAAGCCCCCCCAGUUUCAGUCUCUGCACUAGCCAGGGAUUCCCCUUUGACCCCAAAUGAAAUGAGCUCCAGUACUCUGACCAGCCCCAUAGAGCCAUCCUGGGUCAGCAGCCAGAAUGAUUCCCCAGGUGAUGCUAGUGAGGGGCCUGAGUACCUGGCCAUUGGCAACUUGGACCCCCGAGGCCGGACUGCCAGCUGUCAGAGUCACAGCAGCAAUGCCGAGAGCAGCAGUUCCAAUUUGUUCUCCUCCAGCAGCUCCCAGAAGCCAGAUUCUGCUGCUUCUUCCUUAGGGGACCAGGAGGGAGGUGGGGAGAGCCAGCUGUCCAGUGUCCUCCGCAGGUCCAGCUUCUCAGAGGGGCAGACACUCACCGUCACCAGUGGGGCAAAGAAAAGCCAUAUUCGCUCCCAUUCAGAUACCAGCAUCGCCUCCAGAGGAGCUCCAGGAGGCCCCAGGAAUAUCACCAUUAUAGUUGAAGAUCCCAUUGCAGAAUCCUGCAAUGAUAAGGCGAAGUUGAGAGGCCCUGUGCCCUACUCUGGUCAAAGCAGUGAAGUCAGCACACCCAGCUCUCUGUACAUGGAAUAUGAAGGUGGUCGGUACCUGUGCUCAGGGGAAGGCAUGUUCCGAAGACCAUCAGAAGGACAGUCCCUCAUCAGCUACCUCUCUGAGCAAGACUUCGGCAGCUGUGCCGACCUGGAAAAGGAGAAUGCCCACUUCAGCAUCUCAGAGUCCUUAAUUGCUGCCAUCGAGCUAAUGAAGUGCAACAUGAUGAGCCAGUGCCUAGAGGAGGAGGAAGUGGAAGAGGAAGACAGUGAUAGAGAGAUCCAGGAGCUGAAGCAGAAGAUCCGCCUUCGGCGCCAGCAAAUCCGCACCAAGAACCUGCUCCCCAUGUACCAGGAGGCUGAGCACGGAAGCUUUCGAGUCACCUCCAGCAGCUCGCAGUUCAGCUCACGCGAUUCGGCACAGUUCUCUGACUCUGGCUCUGCUGAUGAGGUUGAUGAAUUUGAAAUCCAAGAUGGUAGCGAAGGAUCUAACCUGACUCACAUGUCAAAGGACGGACUGUCAGUGUCACUGGCCUCGAUGUUCUCAGAUGCUGACAUCAGAAGGAACACAGCCUCAAGCAGCAAAUCCUUCGUUUCCUCCCAGUCCUUCUCCCACUGCUUCCUGCACUCCACAUCUGCUGAGGCGGUGGCCAUGGGGCUCCUGAAGCAGUUUGAGGGGAUGCAGCUUCCAGCCGCCUCGGAGCUGGAGUGGCUUGUACCGGAGCAUGACGCCCCUCAGAAGCUCCUGCCCAUCCCUGACUCACUGCCCAUCUCACCAGAUGACGGGCAGCACGCUGACAUCUACAAGCUGCGGAUUCGUGUUCGUGGCAACUUGGAGUGGGCCCCCCCCCGGCCUCAGAUAAUUUUUAAUGUUCAUCCAGCCCCAACGAGGAAAAUUGCCGUGGCCAAGCAGAAUUACCGCUGUGCAGGAUGUGGCAUCCGGACUGAUCCUGAUUAUAUCAAGCGACUGCGGUACUGUGAGUACCUGGGCAAGUACUUCUGCCAGUGCUGCCACGAGAAUGCCCAGAUGGCCAUCCCCAGCCGGGUGCUGCGCAAGUGGGACUUCAGCAAGUACUACGUCAGCAAUUUCUCCAAGGACCUGCUCAUUAAGAUCUGGAAUGAUCCUCUCUUCAACGUGCAGGACAUAAACAGUGCCCUCUAUAGGAAGGUCAAGCUGCUCAAUCAAGUCCGGCUGCUGCGGGUCCAGCUGUGUCACAUGAAGAACAUGUUCAAGACUUGCCGACUGGCCAAGGAGCUUCUGGAUUCCUUUGACACAGUCCCGGGCCACCUGACAGAGGACCUCCACCUGUACUCACUGAAUGACCUGACUGCGACCAGGAAGGGGGAGCUGGGGCCCCGGCUUGCUGAGCUCACCAGGGCAGGGGCUGCCCAUGUGGAGAGAUGCAUGCUCUGCCAAGCCAAGGGCUUCAUCUGUGAGUUCUGUCAAAAUGAGGAUGACAUCAUCUUUCCCUUUGAGCUCCAUAAAUGCCGGACCUGUGAAGAGUGUAAAGCGUGUUACCAUAAAGUCUGCUUCAAGUCUGGAAGUUGUCCGCGCUGCGAGCGGCUGCAGGCCCGGCGGGAGGCACUGGCCAGGCAGAGCCUGGAGUCUUACCUGUCCGACUACGAGGAGGAGCCCGCGGAGGCACUGGCCCUGAAAGCCGCCGUCCUGGAGGCCACCUGAAGAAAGCACGUGCAGCCCUCCCUCUGGGCCGGGUCACACCUGUUGCAGAACUGAGCCACUCUUUGAAGGACUCGCCCCACCUGGGGCUUCUUUUUUUUUUAAUUAUCAUCAUCUUUUUUUUUUUUUACUGACUUGUCUGACGUCCGUGUGCAGUCAGCCGUUGGUAGGUUGAUGGGUCCAGAGUCUGUGGUGACAGAUAAUUUGUAAGCACCAGGUGUUUUCAUCAGAACUGACAUGCGGGUCCUUCAGUGAAGCUUCUAGUGCCUCUGUCAGUGGAAGAGACAGCAAGACCAAGUUCUUCCAGCAUCUAUGGCCUUCUCCUCUAGGUUCCACCUGCAUGUCAGGUAUCAUUUCCAAUUUUCCUUUGUUUCAGUUUUGGAGCUUCUGAGCCAGGCCUUUCUCAACCACCUCUCCUCCUGCUGCUGAAACGGGGAUGGCGUUUUCCCUCUCCCUGUCCUGGACUGGGGUCAGACUGUGCCCCGAGGAGAAGCAGCAGAGAAUGGGACUACGUCAUGGGCAUUUUGUUCACUUACUUGGGUAUUUUAGGCACCACAGAACAAUCACGACUGUCCUAGACUCCUCAGAGACCUCAGAGGCAGCCGUGAAUGUCCCUGUGUUGCUGGGAUUUCCUGUUUGAAAUAUUUGAAGCAUAGAUGAUGCCACAAGCUGACUUUCUUCAUCUAGCCUGGUGAUCUUGAAGCAAAGAACAGAACUGAUGCUUAGACCAGGCUCCUCUGUAGCCUUACGCCGCAAGCAUACGUGAGGCGACAGCUCUGUCACUGAAGGAGCGCUUACUCAGAGGAGCUAUCGGCCUCCUCUUAGGUGUUAAGGUCUCUUUUAGUUAACCUGGCUUUUUGGUGCAGGUGUGGUCUUUGAAGCUCAGGCAGGUCCCUGAUGCCAUUCUAAGGUGGGGACAGGAACCUCACCCACCAUCUUCUUAGUGUGUCCCUGAUGACCCUGUCCUCUGUUAGAUGGUCAUCGUGGUUCUGAGUAAAAGUACAGCCCAACUCCGUUCUCUCUUCCCUUCCUGCAGCAGAGCUGGGUCCUUCCCUGGUGGCCGAGUCUGUCUUGCCUUAGCUUCUUUGGUCAAAGUUGGAGAAAAGCUUCCUGCUAUUAGUGCUGUUACAGAACUUGACAGUCUGUGGAUGUGAGUGUGAAUGUUCCUGUGUUCUUGGGAUAACAAGAGCCUUUAUGCCAAUUAUGCACUUAAUUCUGUUUAGCCUGGUAAUGUUUAUCUGUUCAUUUGAUAAUGCUGAUUUUAGUGUGCUGCCUCCCCCUGUUAAUGUGUGUGUUGAUGGCGAAGUCCUUGGGUGGGGCCAUGUGUGUGUUUGUGAUGUUCCUUAAGUUGAUGCAGCUUCUAACCUCUGUGAAAACACUGGUCAGAGUGGCUUCUCCAAGAGCUGACAGCUCUGUGAACUAAAGCCUGCAUCAUUUUUGUUCUGGGAUUGAAUUCUGCCCAUGGGCCUGUCUUCUCAUAGUUGCUUGCUGGUAGGAAAGAAAUGGGCGUGGGCGCUGCCCCUGGAAGCUGAACAGAAAGUUGCCUGUGGUUGGUGGAAGCUGAUGAGAGCUUGAGCUGGCGGUAAGAAGGAGUCUCCCAGGGAAGUGGGAGAGGCGUUAAGGUGAUGGCUAGGGCUGAGGCACCACCAGCACAAAAGGGAACAUGUGGGAACUGGCCCCUGCCCUUGAUUCCUCUGCCUCAAAGUUGGGAUCUGAAAGUCACGUACGGCUAGAAGACCCCGAGGCUGUUCUCCCUUCUGUUCAUAGUGAGACUCUAAAAGCCAAGUCCCAGAAGUUCUGAAGGGCUGUGACUAGAAGUGCCCAGGUCCUUCAGGGAGCUUUAAGAAUGACCCCACAGAACUCAAGUUUCACUAGGGGUUAGGUCCCAGAUUCAGACCCAGGGGUUUAUAAAAAUGGUGAGCUCUACUUCCAGUUUUGGUUUAAAUUACACAUCCAGGCCAGGCACGGUGGCUCACGCCUGUAAUCCCAGCACUUUGGGAGGCCGAGGCGGGCGGAUCAUGAGGUCAGGAGUUCGAGACCAGCCUGGCCAAAGUGGUGAAACCCCGUCUCUUCCAAAAAUACAAAAAUUAGCUGGGCGUGGUGGCACAUGCCUGUAAUCCCAGCUACUUGGGAGGCUGAGGCAGGAGAAUUGCUUGAACCUGGGAGGCAGAGGUUGCAGUGAGCCGAGAUUGUGCCACUGCACUCCAGCCUGGGUGACAGAGCGAGACUCCAUCUCAAAACAAAAAACAAAAAGGUGACACAUCCAGCUCUUUCUCCAGGUCAUUGCGCUGGAGGAGAGAUGUGCUGUCUUGUCCUGCCCGAUUCACAUCAGCAUAGGAUGAAAGGAUGACAAUGCUGACAGCUUCUGAAGCCGAACUCAACAGUCUCAUAGGCUUCUCAUUUGUCACUUAUUUUUCUCCAUCUCCCUCAACCGCACCCCAUCCCUUUAGAUUGUGCGUCUGUUUUAGUGACUCUGACACGAUGCUGUCAUCACCGUCCAAAUACCUAGUUAUUUAUUUAUUCAAGAGGGGGGAAGCGGGUAGAGAAUGGGAUGUUUUGGAAGCACUUUGCAACUUACCACUAUCUGAAAAUCCCCUGCUGUUGCGGGGAGAAGCUUUGAAUGCACUGAAGAGAAUUCCUUCUAAAUGAAGGCGGGUGGUAGUGUUCUUUCUGUAAGUAAAGGGAAAGAAAAAAACAUAGUUUGCUUACCAGGUGGAGACAAGAUUCAAGACAUAGCAGAAGAGUGGAAGACAAAUAUUUUCCACUUAAAUGAGGCUGUUUUUGACGUUCUCUGCCAAGGAUUUAGAGCUUUCGUUGAAUUAACAUUAAAGGAGCGCGAGUCUCAGUAGAGAUGCUCUGUGUGUACAGCCCGUGCUCUGAACUGGGUUUCCCCCUGCCGUGGUUCUUGUGCAGCCUGGCAGUUCAUUGUCAUCUUUAAUAAACUAAGGAAACGAAA